AUGGCCCAUGAAAAGCCUGAGGAAGGAGUAAAGACUGAGAGCAAUGAUUAUAUUGAUUUGAAGGUGGUGGGGCAGGAUGGUUCUGUGGUGCAGUUUAAGAUUAAGAGGCAUACACCACUCAGUAAACUAAUAAAAGCCUAUUGUGAACGACAGGGAUUGUCAAUGAGGCAAAUCAGAUUCCAGUUUGAUGGGCAACCACUCAAUGAAAGAGACACAGCUGCACAGUUGGAAAUGGAGACUGAAGAUACAGUUGAUGUGUUCCAACAGCAGGUGGGAGGUGUCUACUGA